AGAUUCGAUCUUAUAUGACAUAAAGAGCAUUUACUUUGUUGACAAAAUAUAGCUAUGCAUUCCUUCUAUGAGAAGGCACAUAAGGUGUUUUCCUCUUGUUUCUUGCUUUCUUCGUUUACUUGUUCAUUUAUAAAUUUCAUGUCUCAGAAUAGUUUACACACACACUCACAAAAUAUUCAUCUUUAGUAAUUUGCUCUCUCUGCCUUCUUCAAACUCAGUUGCACAAUAUCCUUUUUUUAUCACUUAUCAUGGCUUCUAGUUCUUCAUCAGCACCUCCCUGCAAAUAUGAUGUUUUUAUUAGUUUUAGAGGCAAAGAUAUCCGUAAGCGUUUUCUGUCCCAUCUCUUUGUUGCUUUGGAGCGAAAACAAAUCAACGCCUUCUUGGAUGAAAACCUUGAUAAAGGAGAAGAUAUCUCACCAGCUCUCUUGAAAAUAAUCCAGGAGUCAAGUCUCUCAAUAGUCAUUUUUUCUGAAAAUUAUGCAGAUUCUCCAUGGUGCUUGGAUGAGCUUGUGAAGAUACUCGAAUGCAAGGAAACUUUAGGACAAAUGGUCCGACCAGUUUUUUAUGAAGUAGAUCCAACUGACGUUCAAGAGCCGAGAGGAAAAUUUAAGGAGGCAUUUGAUAUUGCUAAGCGUGGAGAACAAGUUAAAGGCAGUUUACAAAAGGUGGACAAAUGGAAGCAUGCUUUAAUGGAAGUAAGCAACUUAUCAGGAUGGGAUUCACGAGAUAAGUAUGUUAAUUACAUUUUUAAAUUACUCUUUACUGUAGUUUUCUAA